UGCCUUUUUUUUUUUUUUGCAACGGCGAAGGAUUGCUUCUAGGCGCUAGGGGUGCUGGCUUGUUAGGGCGCUUCUGCAGUUCGCCGUCAACAUGCACGCGCGCUCUAUCUGACUGCAUUUGACUUAUAAUGCCGGCUUCUCUUUGGAAUGCAAAACCGUGCACAGGAUGAAAUCAGGUCACUCUGCCAGAAUGCCAGAAGAAAAUUCCCCAAGGUCCUCUCCUCAGAAAAUCCCAUAUCAGGAGCUUCCUCACUUGGUCAAUGCUGAUGGGCAAUAUCUUUUCUGCAGGUACUGGAAGCCAGCUGCUGCUCCAAGAGGCCUGGUGUUCGUUGUUCAUGGUGCUGGAGAACACUGCUGUCGCUAUGAUGACUUGGCCAAGAUGCUGACAGGAAUCAACUUUUUUGUGUUUGCCCAUGACCAUGUUGGCCAUGGGCAAAGUGAAGGAGACCGUAUGGUUGUGUCAGACUUUCACGUGUUUGUCAGAGACAGCUUGCAGCACAUAGAUCUCAUGAAGAAGGAUCAUCCUGGCAUUCCUGUGUUUCUUCUGGGGCACUCCAUGGGAGGAGCCAUUGCCAUCCUCACCGCGUGCGAAAGACCAAAUGACUUUUCAGGCAUGGUAUUAAUUUCUCCUUUAGUAGUUGCAAGUCCUGAUGUAGCAACACCGAUCAAGGUAUUUGCAGCUAAAAUACUUAACCUUGUCCUGCCAAACUUGUCUCUGGGAUCUAUUGAUCCAAAUGUCAUUUCCCGGAAUAAGAAAGAGGUUGAAAUUUACCGUUCAGACCCCCUGGUUUAUCAUGGUGGCAUGAAAGUCUCCUUUGUCAUUCAGCUACUGAAUGCUAUUGCCAAAAUCGAACGCUCUCUCCCUAAACUGUUUCUCCCCGUCUUGGUGCUCCAUGGUUCACCGGACAAACUCUGCGACAUCAGAGGGUCUUAUUUGUUGAUGGAUACGGCCCCAAGUCAGGAUAAAACAUUCAAGGUAUAUGACGAAGCCUUCCAUGCUCUCCACAAAGAGCUUCCUGAUGUGACUACUUCUGUUUUUAAAGAAAUAGAAACAUGGAUUGGCCAGAGAGCAGCUGAGCAAUCUAAGCAAAAGCCACUCUGAAACCCUGUGUCUGGUGUUUGGGGUAUACUGGGAAGGGAAGUUCUUUUUCUUUUAACAGCCCCUCUUUGAGGGGAAAGGUCUUAUAGGGGCUCCUGAAUUAACUUAUUUUUUUACAAGAAAUUGCUGUGUAUCCCGGCGUGGGAUGGGAGGAGAAUACCAUGCUCCUUUUAAAGCCCUUACUCUACAGAAGAAAGAGCUAGCAAAGACAUUAGUGUGGACUUCCCAGCUGGGAGUGCCAUUGUAUUGAAAGACUUUGUCCAGUCUUUUACCAAAUCUAGUUUUUGGUUUUCCCAAGGAGUUCCUGAGGUGCUGAGGUAAUUUUUUAUAUUGCAAUAAUUUUUGGAAUGUUUCAAAGUUGGGCAUCUUCCACAGCAUUCUAUUUUUACUCUUGCCAGAUUUUAAUUCUUCCCUGUUCUUUGAAAUUUUUCAAGCCUUCUAAUGGGACCAAGUAUAUGACAGACAGAAAUAGGAUUAGGAGGCUGAGGAAUUCAGAACAUGUCACAACGUUCUAAUAUGUAUUCCAGUUAAUCUGGCCAAAGGAUUUAUCCUCAUACAAACCCCAAAAGGCCUUGAAAGAAGAGUGAUAAUAGAAACAGCACAGUUUUGCACUUUGAAAGGAUGUGGUUUGUACUCAGACCAUUAACAUUUAGCCCCAGAGUUGAUACCAUGGAGAAAUGAGAGUAUGUAAAAUAAUGUAUCUAGAAGACUUAAAAGCAUUGAAGAUAUGCUGCUGCUUCCAGAAGCCAAAUCAUUGUUCAGUGCAAGAAAUGUAAAUACUCGGGCUGCUUUUUUGUUACCUGUGCUACAGAUAACUUAAAGUAUAAAACUGAAAGUUAUAUUUAAGAGAGAAAUAAUUAAAAAAAUAAUAUAUAAAGUUUCUGUAGGUUGCUCAAAGAUCUCUUAAGGAGGAAUGAAGGCGUACAAUAGGGAAUAGAUGCCAAGGCUGCCAUUCCUUUGCCUAAUAGCUUUUAUGCCCGAGAACUGCCUUGUUAUAUACAGAAGGUCAUUGCCACUUGAAGGCUGGGAAAUAAUUCCAUUGUUCUCAAAUUCCUGCUCCCACUCUGACUUAAAAGUUGGCCAGCCAUUAGUGACUCUUGGAAGGCAAGGAAACCAAAGAGAAGGAAGAAAGAGUGGGCCUAACAAAACUGUGCUGCAAGAAUCCAAAUAGAUGCAGAUAAUUCUAACUCUACUGCCAUCUAGAGGCUAUUUGAACUUUUGCAGCAAGUUAGGUAGGUAGGCAGGUAGGCUGAAAAAAGGGCUAUUUCAGCAGCCACAGGCAAAAUUCCAAAUAGCACUUAAUCAGCAGAGAAGGUUACUGCUGAAAAUUGUUGUGGAAAGCCAAUUAUUAUAUAGGAUAUACAGUGAAAGAGUAAGAUAUGCAUGAAGGAAUUUAAUUAGGGCUUCUAGAUCUUGGCAACUUUUAAAAGGCUGCAGAGAGAGAGAGUUUUCUGAAUCUCUUUGCUUCCAACUUUAGAGUUUGUAGCCUCAACAUAAAGGUUCGGUAUGCUUAUGAAUGGGAAAAGGCAGCUAUGUGCAAUCUCAAUUUCAUCUGGUGUUGAGGUUUCAGCCUUAAAUGUGACUAACUACUUAAUUAAUGAAGAACAGCAACACUAGAAAAACAUGAGGGAUCUGCCCAUUGUAAUCAAAUAUUUGCUAUGCAGCAAGUAGCAUUUUCAUGAGUUCUUCUGAUGGAAGAAAUUCUAUAUUAUCUCUUGUAAAAUAAUCUUUUCUUAUAAUCCAUUUUUUAAAAUUGUAAUUCCCUACACAUUUAUUGCAUGAGAGGAUUCAGUAUAAUUUACAGGCUAUUUCUAAAUCCGAAUUUCCUGUGUGGAAAGCCUAAUGCUCUACAGAACUAGGCAGCUAUUUUUCCCCAAGAAGCAGUAAUCCUAUUUGUAACCAUCAAGCGUAUUCUCAUGAUUUUGUUGCCUGCAUGUGCUUUUUGUGUAGGAAAGAUGUAAUAUUUGAUCCUUCAAAUAUUCCAAUUGAUGUGGCCAGUGUGAAUUGGAAAGGAAAAUAUGGCCUAGUGGAUGCUAGGAUACAAAAACAUGAGAUUUCCAUAGUUCUUAAUUACCAAAAUUAAGAUGGAUGGGAUGAAAAAUUGAAGGAGAGAGAAUAGUUUACUUUCCAAUAUAACAAAGCUUUAAUACCUAGUUAUUUGGAUGUGAUUGUUACUCAUCCUAAAAAUCAAGUAAGUGGCUGAUUCAUAAGUGCAGAUUCAUUCAUUAAUUUGAACAUCAGAGCUUGGCAGGUAGUAGAGAUGCUAAUAUCAAUAGUAAGUAACCCAAAGUCGGGGGGGCGGGGGAAAUCUGCUUUCUAACCGGUGCUUCAAUUUUUAAUAAGAUCUUUCUGAAGGAUUGCAAAAAAAUACUACACACAGUCCUGAAAAUAAGGUGUUUUUCUGGAACCAACCCUCAUGCUAAAGACUAUACCACCAAUGGUGCAGUUUUGCAAUUCUUAGAAUGUUCUCUCUGGUUAAUCUAUCAAUUUGGAAGUGGGAGAAUCCCACAGUACCAUUAUUAGAGAUUUUUUUAACUGAGCCCAUGUAAAACAGAGUUGCACAGAUUAAAACAGUUUGACAUUCCAACUUGAAAAAUAAUUUUGUAUUUUCAUGGGCAACUCCAAAUCUAUUUUUAAGGAUAGUAGUUGGGAUGCAAAAAUGCAAAUGAAUAUUAGAUGGCAGCAAAAUAACAACAGUUAUUUGCUGUUGUGUAGCAAUCAUUCUGCAUUUCUGCAAUCCAGAUAUAUUUUUAAUAGGUUCCACUCCUUUCUCUAGUAAAAAUGCAAGUAUUAGAUGCUUAAUAGGGCUUGCAGCGAUUUGGAGUUGAUGGGUAAAAUUUGGAGCAUGUGAUGGUGUCAUGCGCUGAAUCACAUUUUGCCUUUCACAUAUGGAUCUCUACACAGCUGUAACUCCAAAUAUAUUAUAAGAAGCUGCAAGAGAAUCUCAGUAGGAAUAACAGUUGCCUGCUUUGUGCCUCUGUGUGCAAAUCAUUAAGGUGCCUAAAGUGACAAGCCUAAAUUAAUUCUUGGUAGUAUGGAUUUUAUGGAUCAUUCCAUAGCACAAAAGAAAGAUCCUGCCCACCAAAUAUGGGAAGCUACGGCAACUUGAGAGGAAGGUUCUUUUCCCAUUCCGUGAGCAGGACUGAGGAUGACCAAAAGUGUCUCUUCAGGGUGGGGGAGGGGAAGGGGAAGAUAGGCCUUAAAAAGGGGGGAGACUAGGUAUACUAUGGAUGUAACAAGAGUUGUACAGAAAUGGAAGCAAGGAUUCAAGGCAAUCAUGAUAGAUAUUAUUCCAAAGAUGUACAAUGUAGUUUAAUUCUUAACCUGUUCAAGUGUAUUGGAUGUCAGCUAUAGUGAAAUACAUCUAGACCAGGACUAUAUGUUUGGGACAGCAAACAUUUAAAAACGGCAAACACACACACACACACACACACACACACACACACACACACACACACAUAGACAUAUGGCAAAAUACAACUUUACUGGUUCCUUCUUACAGUCAGAAGUUUGAAGAUCAGUGCCUUUGAAUAACUUUGUUGAGGGAGUAUCUGCUGCAACUCCUGAGUUCUGAAGCAAUAUACUAUAGAAAGAAGUAUUAGAAAUUAUAUUCAGCUUUCAGCAGAGUUGUGG